UAGAUGGCAUAUCAAAAUGCUUCAAUGUAUAUAUUGUGAUACUGUGGCAAAACGUUUGUACAUAUUAUUUCGAUUCAUCAUCGAGCGUUUAAUUUCGGAGUUGGCUACGUACGGUCCAACGAACACAAAACGAAACUGUAUUGCCCAAUAGAAGCGAGAACUGGAAUUCCUUUGGGAACUACCUAAUCUUACCUCAUCAGAGCUCAUUUCCUGUAGCCUUUGGUGGACUAUCUUGAAUAUACAGACCUCUCUCUCCAUCAACACCUGGAUUCGACCAUGGCUGGAAAGGAUAUGACACAUCUGGUUCUGCACGUGUUGUUCUAUUCAACCAUAGUCAACUCUCAAGUUCUUGCUCUUUCUGUUUACCUCGAGUCGGACAAGACUGUUACGAAUGCCGGAGAACAUGUUACGUUUAUUUGCACUGCAACAGAACACCAGCCAGCUCCAGAACUGCAUUACUACAGAAUUCAGACUGGUAGUACGACGAAGGUGGACAUGUACAACGACUAUAUAUUGUCAAAGGCGGACAACCAGGCACGCUUUUACUGCGAAGCAAAAGUGCCCGGAUACCCGGAAAAGAAUACAGUUUCAGAAACGAUCACCAUCACAGUAAAAUUCAAUGCCACACGGAUCACUAUGACAGAGAAGCCACCAAACUCAGUUGGAAACGGUGAUCUUGUGAGCCUGAAAUGUCGGACAGACAGCAGCUAUCCAGGUGCCGAAAUCGAAUGGUUAAAGUUCAGACCAGGGUGGCAAGCUCCGCAGCAAAUUUACACAUCGAUCAAAUCAAAGCAAGACAGGGCUGACUUCGGUACAGUGCAGGAGAGCGAACACAACUUCCUGGCGACCAGAGAUGACGGUGAUGCUACCUAUGUAUGCAAAAUCAAAGAGACUGACAUCCAAAGUACUGUGUUGAUUAAUGUCACAUUUCCUCACACGGGGACAGAACUCAAAGGCGACCACACGACAGCUUCCCCGCUGAACAGUCCAACGACACUUCACUGUCGGACAGACGAGAGCAAUCCAGCUGCUGUUCUCAAGUUGUUUGAGUUGACAUACCGAGAAGGUGCAGCCCCCUCUUGGAACGAAGUCAAGGACAACAUUACCUCACAAGACGUGCCGGGCCAUUAUGGCGGAACGAUGACAGUAUCUUCGUUAAGUUUAAAAGCUACUAAAGCAUUGAACAGCCGGAAGUAUAAAUGCAUGUCUGUCUAUUCAUCGGGGAACGAAUCCAUGGUACUAAAUUCCUCAAUCGCCACCAUAAAAGUCAAAUGGGCGGCAACAGAAGUCUUGAUGACAGACAAGCCCCUGCACCCAAUUAAUGUCGGUGAGGCAGUCAACAUAACAUGUGAAACGAGCAGUAGCCAAUCUGGCCCACCCGGUGAAUUUGACUGGUUCAAAAACGGCCAGCCAGUCCCUCCACGUUUCACUAUAUCAGAAUCCAGUUCAGAACGAGAUGGUGUGGAUUACUAUGUCAGUAGUCUUCAGUUCGCAGUUGACAAAAUUGACAACCAGGCCAGCUUUGAGUGCAGGAUUAACGUUGAGAAAGCCUUUCGGAAGGAGGUCACUGUACAAGUAUUUUUUAUCCCGGACGGAAUCAAGCUGAGUGACUCGCUUAUAACAUCAUGGGAAGGCGAUCGAAACACUUUGGUCUGUGAGACCACAUCGAGUAGUAAUCCACCAGUUAUUCUUUCCAUGUGGAAAGCAGGUAAAGCGCUGGAUCAGCGGGUCGGCCCAGAUGUGACAGACGGAGACAACGGAGGAUAUAGCGCCAAAGUUGAGGUGUUAGUUGACACCAGCCGUUCUGAUAACGGGGUGCAGUACCUCUGUAUCGCGACCUACAUGAACACUUUGACGUUGCUAAUGCCAGCACGUAACAAUGUGAAGUUCAACCCAACCAACAUCUCAAUCACAGAUAAACCAACUCGGCCAUUACUUGCCGGCGAGAUCUUUCCUAUCACAUGCAAAGCGGACAGUGCGAAUCCUGCUGCAGAUAUCCUAGUUCAUCGUAAGAGGCAAGGUCACAGCUGGGAGAACAUUACGGUUGAUAACGGCUUGAUUUUCUUAAAAGAGAGAAAAAAAGAUGGCGCCUACAAUGGCGAGAUACGAACGAGUCAGAUACGUGUUAACGCGACGCGACACGACAACGGUGCAGAAUUUAGAUGUCUGGUGAGGGAUCAGGCUCACGGCUUUGAAGUGAUGGAUACUGCUCUAGUAGAAGUGUUUUACCCGCCCAUACUAGAGAUGGAGAAGAGCAGCAGCAUAAUGAAAGAGGGCGCCAAGCUGGUAUUGACCUGCAAAGCAUUCGCUGGAAAUCCAAGCAACUAUACGUACUCAUGGUACCACAAUGAUAUCCUAAUUUCCGGUGCGAGAGAAAGCGUCUACCGGGUAGAAAAUGUAUCAAACACGCAGGGCGGAACCUAUAGAUGCGAAGUAAGGAAUUACUCGCCAGGAGGUGCUGUGUCAAUCGCCGGAAACAUCGAUGUUCAAUAUAAACCCCGCUGGAACCCCCAAUUCUCUAAAAUCAUGACCAAGCUGGCGAACCUCAACGAAUGGGUAACUUUAAACCUACACGUGACGGCUAAUCCCAGUCCACCUAGUAUCAAGUGGUCACGCCAGUCGAGAGAGAAAGCGACCUUUACCGUCCACGGCAACGCCGUGACCUCUUCCAUCAAGGUUCAAGUCACUGGAAAUUCUGACUUCGGAUAUUACAUCGCAACUGUAAUGAACGGCAUUGGAGUAACAGUCUUCGAGUUCAUGUUAGUGAAAGACGCAGCCACUACACCCAUGACAUCAAGUAUGAACAUAACUGAGGGCAAUGAAAACAUAACACAGAAUGGCGUCAAUGCGACAGGUUUGGCGGAGCGAAAGAGUGUCGCGAGUGCUGACUCCGGAUCCAUGAUCAGAGCCCGAUUUCCUAUCUACAUGUACGUCCUGUUCGUUUUGUUUGCGGCUCAUCUCCCUUCAUAUACAUAAUUGCAGCCCUUCCCGCCUUCGAGAACAUAGACAGACAAAUACACAUGGUAACAAUGCGACAGGUUUUGCGGAGCGAAACAGUGUCCUUAAAGUCAGUCAUUUACUGGUAACGAUUACCUACAUUGAAAGUCCAAAUAAAAUACAAUGCAGUUCUAUCAAUCGCUUCAUUAAUAAACAGUUUCCUAAAAAACAAAACGAGCACCAGCCCCGUAACAUUUUAUGCAAUUCUGUUUAAAAGUCUGAAGUCCAAUAAAGGAAGCCUAUCUUCAAUAGCUCGAUGCAAGAUGUGAUUUUAAGUAGUUGUUGCAUCGAAAGUGUGUGAACAGAUUCCUUAAUUACUUAUCUCAGAAUAUCAGACAGAAUGGACACUCUGUUCUAAAAUCAUAUUGUAUAUAUCCAUGUAUUCAAAACGCCCAUUUCAUUGUUGAUGUACCCCACAUGUAGGUAUUCCCAAACCCAUUACCCUAGAAUAAUCAUUUUUUAAAUAUACUGUUGUAAGCUUACAUUGUAUAUACUAGCAUAAUACCCGUGGCGCGGGUUGUUUUAGGGUGUUGGCUUACUGUGGGGUUGGGGCAAUUUGGGUGAAAUGAAAUUAUAUGUCUGGGGGUUGUGAUGUUGUCUUGAUUUUUAUGAUUGGGACUAUCUUGGUGAUAUGGGUUGAUUGGUCUGAGGGGUUGUGACCGGAAAAAUCAAACGCCACUCCAUUUUGACGAACUAGUUCGCGAAUGAUGAAGAGGCAACAUUGGCGUGAAGUCACGAAUGCCGCGAGCAUAGUGGGUGGCAGCACCAGACGGAGGAAGUAGUUCGCCUAGGGUUUUUUCGACACCCACCGCACGGAUUCCACUCGUUCCAGAACACUCACUUACUUGUAAAUCUGCAGUGGUUAGCCUGUUUUUAUUGCAGGGAAAAAAUGUUAAUGGGGAUUUUAUUAUUAUCUUUCAUAUUUGCCCCGGGUAUUCAUAUAGGGAGCGGUGCGGUACUUUGCGCCCAGUGCUUGGGUCGGGUGAGGCGGUUUUAUUAUUAAUUGACGUGUAUCACGUGAUGAAAUCCCAUAAGGUACUUCGAAAAAUUAAGAGCGAUUAACAACGUAAGGUGAAAGAGUACGACCAAAAUAAAGGGGGAAAAUUGCGGAGAUGGAUGAAUGCUUCAAACAUAUAGUGGAUUGAAAAACAUCUUGUUCUAGAUUCAAACUAGAUUAUUUUUGAAGAUAUUGUAUAUUGUAUGUAUUGCACAGAGUGAAAAACAUUUUCUCUCUUCAUUCAAAUGCGAAUAUUUCAUAUUCCUUUAUAUGUUGUGUGGAUUUUGUUUUUCAAGAUUCAAUAACGUAUAAUAUUUCUGAAGAUUUUCCUUGAGAUCCGCUAUGAUGCACUGGAGAAUUGCUCAGCAAUGACAAUGGGAAUAGCUAGUCGUGCCUUUACAUUGUAUAGCUCUGUUAGUUACCCCGCUUCGCCCAACGUGUUCAUGUGUGUGUUUUAUAAACAACGCGUUUCUAUAUAUUUAAUGACUUUUUAAGUAAAAAGAUAUAAUUUGUAUACACACAUGACUGUGUUCAUAGUUUGAGAUAUUUCGAUUUGCUAAAGUUAGUUUUAUUCCUGGCUGUUUUAAGAGGAGGUGGCUAGUCACAUGUUCAGUGUGUAGUUUGCAGUGUGAAGUGCUGAAUGAGCUAUGUUUCCAGGACAUAGGAUUUAUAAUAAACAUGUCCGAUUGGAUUCCCAUGUUAGAUUCUUUUUAUGAUUAACUGUGUGUUGAAAAAUAGUAACGUUCAUGUAAAUCUUACAAAUACAUUAUAAAGCAUUAUGUAACUAUUGAUAUGUUAACUUAUUUAAGUCUGUAAAAUUAACGAA